GCCCCGCUGGAAAAAUCUCGAUGGCGAGCGCGAUUUCACGCGCGAUUAUUUAUAACCGGGUGCUUGUAAACACGCGUACUUUGGCGUCGGCCGCGAACCGCCCGCCAUUUCUUCGCCAGUUACCGAUGCACAAACGAACGGUGAACGUUGCUCCACCGUUUCUUGCCAGACGUCUAUUUCGAUGGCAGCUCGCUGGUAUAGCGGUCACUUCGAUUCGCUCGUGAUCGAAUUCUCCUCGAAUUCUCAGUUGGAUUAGUGAAAGAAUCGCUAACUGGCUUUCGUUCGCGAGUGGUUUCGUGAUAGUAGUGAAAAAUUGAUCGGAGAAGUGAAUCGUAUCCAGUGUGGAACGAUUAGAAAAUAAAUUCAUUGUGUACAAAGAAGGUCCUGUAAUCGUUUCCUUAAAUUUUACUUUUAUUCUUAAUAUUAAAAAUUUCGAAUUUAAUAGGAGGAAAAGAAAUAAAAUUAGAAGAACGAAAACUUUUUCUUAUAAUCGAAAAGAAAUUGUUUAACGUAAGAGUAAGAGAGUUUAGAAAGGAAAAAAAAGAAAAGGAAAGAACUCGGAUAAAUAAAUUUUCUUUUUCUGCCAUGCUCCGCCAUUAGACCGUCGCACCGGCCCACAUUAUUCUCACGUAGAAGUCGCGUUACCCGUUUUUUCAAGAGGCGACAAGCAUCUCUCCAUACGUUUCGAAGCUCGUCCCACUCGGUGAGUCGACACGUCACGGUGGAGAAAGAACUGGGAGGGCGUGAAUCCGUGAAUGUUAAACGCGAGCGCAGCAUAAAACGGAACACGGGAGGAUGGUACGAGACCGUUUCGGAAAAAGAUCCCAAAGCCAAACUCGAUUCUGACAGAUUGCCAAGCGUCUGAGGUCGCGGUUACGCAAGAGAGACGUUAACUCGUUCGAUCCACGAUUCGAACAAUAAUAAUCCACGAUCGCGGAGCGGAUAUCAUGCUGGUGGCCGUGUCUGCAAGAGAUUCGUAUAAAUUGGAUAAACGGAUCUGUGGACGGAUAUGGAACGAACGAUGAUUCGAUUCUUCUGAUACGUUGGCGGUCGAUCGAUGAUUAAUCGCGAUGGGAUUAGAGUAAACUCGGCACCGUGUGGACUCAGUGAUUUUUCCACGGUGGGGUUAUUGUUUAUUUUUUUAUUUUUUAUUAUUUUUUUUUUUUUCGUUUCGAAAAUAUAUAUUUUCAACGUUGGAAGAAACGGGUCUAAUUUAACGCGACUCGAAGGGAAAAGGGGGGAAAUGUUGGAGAGCGAAGAGAGAAGCGAGAGAAUGAGAAUAUUUGGAUAUUUUUUUCUCGGGAAACACUUUUGCUUUAAGUGAAAAUAUUUUCUCGUUUUAAUAUUUGCAAGUUUGGAUUUAUUUCAAAGUAAUUUAAAAGGAAAAGGAGAAAGAAGCGAGUGGGAAGAAUAUUUUUCUCGACGAAUUGGAAAUUUUGAUUUUUAUAAAAUGGGAAAAUAAACGCUUGAUUGUAAAGUAAUUUGAAAGUGAAAAAUUGGAAAAGUGAAUACAUUGGAAUACGUUUAUCGAAAAUUGUGAAAUAAAUGUUUACUUAUAAUUUAAAAAUAAAUUCUUAAAGUGGCCAAUAAAGUGAACUUGACUUGAUAUUAUAAUAAUUUUAGAGCGAGAAAAGAAAUAAAAUGAAUAGUAAAAACUGAAUGAAUUUCCAUUAUUCGUUUGAGAGGACUAACAACAAUUUUGAAAUUUUCAUGGUAAAUAAACGUCGUAUUAACAUCGUACGAGAACAAAACACCUUCUUAAUAUAUUUUUCGAUAUUUCCAAAUAUUUACGUUUCACGGUGGAAAGAAAUAUCGACACGAAUAAAUUUCUAAAUGAAUAUCUCAAUGUUGAUAUUCGCUUUCGAGUUAUGGAAGUACCUUUCACGCGUGUUUUCAAAUCAAACCUCGCAUUUGAAUAUAAUGGCGAAGAUGAUUCUUAUCAUCCUAAAGUUUAAACGUCGAACUGCUGAUCGCAAAGUUUAAAUCGUUCAAAAUCAUUUAAUCACGCACAAUAUAAAAAGUUUUACUUUUCGAAACUUACUUUUCGAAACUCAGGAUCGUAUAUAAACUUUGUACAAAUACAACUUUGUACAAGAAAACUGUAUUUCAAAAUAUUAACCAAAGAACCGCGCAUUCCUCCCAAAUUAUUUCCAAGAAGAAAAUCGAAAACCAGUUUCAUCGAAAAACGAACGCGCCGACCCUCCUCUCACUCGACAACAAUUUAUAUACACAAAAUAACGCGAGUAUACAGCAUCGCGUUUAAAACCUCGACCAAAUCGAACGAUCAAACGAUAAAAACUAACUAAAUUUCCACGAUCACCUUUUCUCCCUUUUUAAAAAUCGCCCGAUAACGCUUAUUCACGAGUAAUAAAUCGAUCCAAAAAGCCAAAAAAAAAAACCAAACUUUUCUGCGAAAUCGUUAAGAAUUCGCCAAAAAGGGAGGUGAUCGAACCUCUGAAAGAAGAAGAAGAAGAAGAAGAAGAAGAAGAAGAAGAAGGACGGCUCGAGAACCGGAAACAUGAAGAACGGUCACCCGAUUAUAACAGCGACGUCGUCGUCGAGCCUGGUCAAUCCGGAUUCCACGUCCUCGAACGAACCUACGGAACCGAUCAUCAGAUUGAAGCUGGACAAGCCGUUGAACUGGGAGUGGGAGCUGACCACGUCCGCGGACACGCUUCCUGUCAUCCAGCUGUUGGACAAGGAUGGCCGCGUUCUGGUCGAGACCAGUGGGCGCACGGCCCAGCGGGCCAGGGGCUCGUUUCGAGAGGGCCUCAAGUCGCACGAGGAGUUCCAGACGAGCGAGGGACAGUCCUCCAAGCUUUCCUCCUCUUUCGCGUCCUCCUCUUUCGCGUCCAGCCCUCCGCCGCCUGCCCCCGUCCAACAGGGGAACAGGAACGUGGACGGGUUCAGCAGCAAGUUUGGCACCUUCCAGUUCGGUUACAAGCCUACGAAAUCGAGGAGCGAGGUAUCGGUGAAGGAGAGGGAUAAGAAGGGGGGGAGGAGGAAGGAUCGAAGAUCGGAGGAGCGGAGAGAUUCGAGCAAGUACUCCAUGGGCGAUUACCUGAGGCAACAGAUCAUAGACGAUCUCGGGAGGAGGGACACGUCGGGCAAGAGUGCCGAGGAGAUCGCGAGAGAGAGGUGCAAGAAGGUGAAGGCUUACCUGAGGAGUCGAAGCGAGACGCUGCCGAGCCUGGUCCACGUGGAGGAGCAGGAGGAGGAGGAGGAGGAGGAGGAACACCCGAGGAACGAGGCUCGUCGUCGUCGUCGUCGUCCGAGAGGCGAAGCCAUCCCUCAGGAAGGGGAGGGGAGGUCGAGAACGGCGAUGGAGGACAAGGUGAGGGGCAACGCGUCGCCCGUCGAAAUUUUAGAACGGAGGGAGGGCGACGAAGCUGGGAGCGAGGGGAAGAAGGAGGAGGAAUUGGAGAGGGUAAGAUCGUUCCUACGAAGGAAGAUACAGGAGAGGAUGGAGUUGGAACGAUCGACGGUUCGGAAGAGGUACUCGUGUUACGGCGAGGCGGAGGAGCAGGGGGGUUAUCGCACUCGAAAGGUGCGGAGCGAGACGAGCGUGAUCAGGUUCGAUCGGGAAAUUGUGGAGAGGGACAGGCAGAAAGGGAGGCAGAUGGAGAGAUGGUCAACGAGGGACAACAACGGGUCUCGUUGUUCCAGGGAUAAGUCUAGGCAAAAAGCGUACGGACGUUCGAGGAGCGAGACGAUCCUCGAGGCGGCGGGAAAGGGCGGCGGUCGACAACUGAGCUUCGAGACGAGGAGGGACUCGGCCGAGAAACGGAAGCCGUACCGAAAGACUAGGAGCGACGCGUUGGUGGGUGGCAGGAGCGCGGACUCGGAGCAGGAGGGGGAUCGUUGGAGGGUGGUGGCGAGGAGGAGGCAGGACACGGCGGUGAUGGACGAGACGUGGCGCGAGUACAAGGAGAGGAAGAAGAACGAGAGGUUGCGUCGCGACGCGGAGGGGGUGAAGGAAGAAGAGGACGUUGAAACCGAUCUAUGCACUUUCCACGAUUGCAAGAUCUGUCAGAAUCUGAGGGAUUGCGUGGCGAAUCGUGCGCAGAUGAGAAAUCUCGGGGGCGAGCAUGGGAGGGGAGCAGGGGAUGAUCGCGAGGAUUCCUCCGAGCUUCUGAUCUCUCUGAACGAUUCCGCGAACGAGGAAGGCCGAGCUGGUACCAGCACUCUUGGGGAGAACUGUCCGCUCGUCGUCGGCAACGAGGUCGAUGCCUCCCCGACCAAGGAUCACGUACUCGUCAAGGUUCGAGGGAAGAAUCACUCGUCCAACGUGAAUUCGCCUGAUUGCGGUUACAAUACGAUUCCUAAGAAGACUUUUAACGAUUACAAGGAAUUGUACGCGAGAUCGAACGUGAAGAAGAGCGACACGUUCAAGAUCGUGGAUGGAAGCGAGGGGAUCGAGGAAGGUGUUGAGGAGGAGGAGGAAGAGGAGGAGGAGGAGGAGGAGGGGGAGGUCGUUGGGGAUGGAUCGAUCGACAGUUUCGAUUAUUCGAACGGCGAGGGUGUGUUGACGAACAAGUCGAACGAGGAUAUCGCGAGGGAUUACUUUAAAAGGGUGUACGAGUUGCUGAAGAGACGGCAGAGGGAGGCGAGGAGGGUCGCGGAGAAGCAGGAAGUGGCGGGACGCGAUGAUUCGUCGUCGUCUAAUUACGCGGAGAAGGUGCAAAAGAGGAGACCGCGGCGAAAGAAAAAGGAACGGGGCACGCAAGGUAAUAUUUCAACUAUAAACGAGCUGCAAAAUAUAACGUCUUAUCGCGAGGAAGUCGUAACCGUGCCUCCGGCGAGCGGAGGUCAGGACAGUUGGAAAGUGCAGAGGCUCUCGUUGGGCGGGGAAUCGGCGAGCAAUCGUCGUAAAGGCUGCCGUCCCCAAUUGCAGGCGGGGAGCAAGCGCGCGAGGCCGCCACCGCCGAUACCCGGCUUAUCCUGCAAGGCCAAUGCCAAGGACGUGGACGGGUACCCGGACCACUGGCCGAACAAGGAGAACACGCCCGGAAAUGCCGUGAACAACGGCGAGGGAACGACCACCGAGGCGCAGCUCGAGAAGAACGGUUCGAACAUGGGCUCGAAUUUGAGCCGGCACAACGGCAAGGGCCUUACCGGGCGGAGGACCCAGUCCUCCGGCAAUUUGUGCGAUCCAAAAGGGAAGUUGAACAGUAUGGGGAAGAUAUUGGUCCCGUGUUCCAGCGCGCAGAGAGAGAGAUACAAAUUCUGUGGCUCGUUGCCCAAUCAUCUGGACGACAAGGACGCGUUGGACGACGAUCCGAAGGAAAAUAAUAACGUAAUGACGGAUACGAUCAGUGGGAAUCUUGGCGGAACAUUGCCGCACAAGAAACGAUCGUUGGGCGUGCAUUUCUCAGACGGAGGACCAACCGGGACUCUGGACCUCGUGAAACAUCGAUCCCAAGAUUCUUUGGAUGAAAACGAUCCUUGGAGGUAUCAGCAAAGCGAUCUCGAUCUGGUGCGAUGCCGUCACGGUAAUUUCGACUCGGUGAGAAGAAAUCGGAAUGCCGAGACGAUGUCCGGCGAUUCGGGGAGAAGGUAUGCGCGAGGCACGUCCCUGGAGGACAGAUGUCACCGAAAUUCGGAGCUCGAUCUGGUGGGCACGCUGCCGAAACGGAAGCAGGACACCAGAAACGGUGGGGGGAAGGGUGGGACGAACGUGGAAACGAACUCUUCGUCCUCCCAACCGUGCGUCCCAGACGCGGCCGACAACGAUCUACUGAUGCAGAUCGUGCACAAGCCCGAUUGCGAGUUGGUCAGGCAUCGGCAGCAGCUCGGCAAGUGCAUCGAUUUGAAGUUGAGCAAACUGGAACCGCAGGAUCAAGGUUACGCCUCGGAACGGUCCCCGGAGGACGAGCAUCCGCCCUCUUUGCCGGGCCAACCCUUCCCAAAUAUCACGCCUGAGAGCACGUUCCGAGUGACAUUGCAGAAAAGCAGCCGAGGACUUGGCUUAAGCGUUUCCGGCGGUGGGACAGCCGGCCCUGUUAGGGUAAAAAGACUGUUUCCUCAACAACCUGCAGCCUUAUCCAACAAACUUCAACCUGGCGAUAUACUUUUGGCUGCCAAUGGAAUUCCUUUAACCGGUCUCACUAACUAUGAGGCCCUCGAAGUUCUACGAACGACACCCAGUACUGUCGAGUUAGUGGUGUCCCGACUUCCGGGUGAUAUGAGUGUCACACCACCGGGUGCACCACCACCACCCCCAGCAAGGCGUGAACCACCACCACCAUUGCGAAUACUCAAUCCUCUGCCACCCCUUCAAAUCGAACCCUGCGGCGAAUUCGACAUAGAAAUGACAAAGGUCGGCGGUAGUCUGGGCUUCACUCUGAGGAAGGCGGAUAGCAGCGCGCUCGGCCAUUACGUGAGGGCAUUAGUACGUGAGCCAGCGUUGAGCGACGGACGAAUUCGACCCGGGGACAAAAUAGUGGCCGUGGACGGUGCACCGUUGUCGCCCAUGAGCCACGAAGAGGCUGUCCAACUGCUGCGACAAUGUGGACCGACCGUGAGAUUACGAUUGUACAGGGAUCUCGCGCAAACUCCUGUCUCCGCUCUUUCUCCGACCGAGCCCGAUCAUCCACUCCGUCCACCACGUACCAGUUUGAGACAAGAGGCUGUAGAUAUGCUGUGCGAUCUGGCGGUUCGAAAAUUGUCACCCGGUACAUCGAGCGGAUCUAGUUGCAAACAAUCAUCCGGAACAUCUUGCAACUCUCCGAGAAGACUACGUCGUCUUGCUACGCGUACUCCUACUGCCGAUGAAGAAACUGUGGAGAAGCAUCCGAGCGUGCACACGACAUCGACGGCCAGCCAGGCGGAGACAUCCGAUUCCGACCAGUGCUCGAUCAGGACUCAGAUAACGAAUUCCCAGCCAAACACACCUGGAACUGACAUAAUCGAUCCGCCACCCCUGUACGACGUCUGCGACUCGAGCGAUUCCUCCAAGACACCGGCCCGACCGAGUUUCCUCGACUUGUCCGCGCCCCAGGGGAAGCCCCAUUUUCAGUUCUGCAACCUGGACUCAGAUCUCGAUUAUCCCGGUGUCGGGGACGCGAUCAUCAUCGAGGACGAGCUACGUACGAGCACUACGUCGGACGGCGAUUACGAGAGGAUCGAGCCGUCGUCCGUGUUGUCCAGCAACGAGCACGACAACGAUCUACCCUCGGAACCGGCCUCGAUGCCACCGGUACUCUCCUCGACGAGCAGCUCGAGCAACGCAGCGUUCAGUUACAAGAAUCCCGCUUAUCAAAGCGCCAAUCCAGCCUGCGGCGCCGGCAUAGAUACCUCUGUGACGAAAAACAAGGCCACCCACUCGAGCGACCAGGACAUACCAGGGAAAAUCUUAGGAGCAGAAGAUCCGGGUGGUAGCAAGGGUUUGUUGAAGUGGAAAGGCGUGAUGUUCGCCCCAGAUGAUGGAAUAGAUAAAACUAAAAACGAAGAGGAGAAGACCGGGAAAGAUACCACAGAUUCAGCUGCCCUUAAUAAAAAUCUUGAACAAGGAAUCGAGGUGUUCAUGGUAGAGCUGACACGUGGUUGGAAUAGUCGAUUAGGAUUCAGCUUGCAACCGGAAGGAAACCGUACAGUUAUAUCAGUGGUACACCCUGAUAGCGUUGCAGCUAAGGAUGGAAGAUUAAAACAAGGAGAUGUACUUAUGAUGGUAAAUGAUGAAAGUGUUGAGCACAUGACGACAGCUGAUAUAAUAGAUCUGUUACGCAAAAUAAGAGGUUCUAUAGGUAUUACAGUGAUGAGACGAAGCAAACGAGAAAACGUAACGUGACGUUAAUCAGGUUAAUUUGAUUAACAAAAAUGAAAAAAUCUUUCACGUCCAUCACGGUAUCAUGUUUCUUUCAUUUUCAAAACUAAUAUCCAAUUUAUGAACGAAAUGUUACGAUAUAGAUCAAUUCUUCGUUCUUAUUUUCAACAUAAAUUUUAUUAGCUUAUUAAAAGACAAUUGUGCGUUAACUAUUUAUAAAUAGAAUCGAUAUGUUGAUCGAGUGCAAUAUACAUAUAUAAAUGUUGCUGUGAAUACAAUUGUAAAUAUAAUAUACGAGAAUCGAAGUCUUAGACAUGAUUACUUUUUCAAAAAGAAUGCAAUUCAUGCGAUUACCGCAUAAUUAAUCAAUGUAAUUGCAUUCGUUAUAACACUCCAUCUUAAUACUUAAAUUUAAUUAUUGUAUAUUUCAAAAAUUAUAUUAUUUGUGUAGAUGAGAUAAAUAUCCAAUUGCGGUUUAUUGAAACGAGUUUUUUUUAGAGUUCGUUUAAAGUAAAGUAAUAAGACUGCUUUAAAAAAUAGAAAAUGGCGAAGGUAUAUAUGAAUAAUAGUUGUUUGCCAUAUAGAUAUUUAUUCAAUAAAUGCGAAAAUAUGAUA